ACUAUUAUAUAAUAAUUAUAUUCCGUCACUUGUUAAAAGAACAUUUUUCGCGCGGGUGCCGGACUGCUUCAAUUUGUAGACGUCGUCUCCAAGAUGGGAUUUGGAAUUGGAGCUCUAAGAGGAAUAAUCCGUCCACUAGCAAGAACCCUAGUAUCUCGUACUUCAACGACCUCGUUUUUAUCUCCUUUUCCAUCUUCAAAGCACCAUUUCCGGUUAGCCUGUGAUGGCUCGUUUCAAGCUCAGUCUCCAUGGAUACCGAUGUCGAUGCAUUUCAGCAUCUUCUCUGAAUCAAACCAGUACGAUAGUUUAACUGACAGUCGCUUUCCCAAGCGAAGACCCCUUGAUAUGCCUCGUCGAAAAAGGACCACUUUGAGACCUGCAGGACCGUAUGCUUGGGUUAAGCAUGUGCCUGGCCAACCUAUUCGACCUAGUAACCCAAAUGAAGGGAGUGUCAAGAGGAGGAAUGAGAAAAAGCGCAUAAAGCUACAUCGUGCCUUUAUAAAGGCAGAGGCAAAGAAGAGGAAAGCUCAGAUGCAGGAGGCUAAAAAGAAGAAACUUAUCAAAAGGGUAGAGCGUAAGAUGGCUGCAGUUGCUAGAGAUAGAGAAUGGACCCAAAGAUUGGCAGAGCUGCAGAAGCUUGAGGAAGAGAAGAAAAAAUCAGCAGCUUAGUUCUUUGUUUUUUUGGCUACACUUCAUCUCCUUAUGCUACUGGAGCUAUUCCCAUUUUGGUUGAAUCCUGAACCUAACUUCCGUAGGUUUGUAAUGUUUUUUUAAUUGCGUUGAUGAGCUUAUGGCGCUGAUCUUAUCUAUGGACGAUCUUCCUAAAAGAACUUGGUUGUUUAUUUGAGAACGAUAAAAUUUUGAACUGAAGCCGGUACUUGAUUAGGAAAAGGUAUUCUGCACCAUUGUAGCUACAAUGGGUGAGUUUUAUCUAGUUCCCUUGCAUUAUUUUGUUGAAUGUUAA